AUGUAUGAGUUCAACCAGAAGGUGUCACAGGCUCACAGCCCUCAAGCACUGUAUCACUCGUCCACUCUCGUGGGGGCCAUAACACUAAACCUUGGUAUAAGGAACUUGAACACGGACCAUUGGGGGAAGAGCAGUGGCAUUGAUUUCGGUGGAUCAAUGCAUGCACCGUCCACUGCACCAAACUCCACUCAUCCUUCUCUGGUGAUUGAAGGUGGCUCAAGACACUUCGACUACGCCUACCGUUACACUAUUUUCGGCAGUCUUCCAAACCCCACCAUGAGGGACGCCAACAUUUUUGCAUUUUGGAAGGCCAUGCCUCGAAUGAGCUGGUCUCCGCGUAACCUCUACAACCUCUGGAGGCGGUCCUGUGGUGCCGAGGCCGAGGCCAUUGACUUCACUCGCUCGCCUAAGACGCUGUUUCAGCAGCGUUGGAUCUCGAAAGCACUCGCACGGAGACUCGUCGUUCAUGGAUCUGUCCUGCUAAAUGGCAAAAAGCAUACGAAUGCCGACACACGUCUAGCCCCAGGCGAUGUGGUCUCCGUUGACCCUGCAGCUAUUCAUUUCCUCCAGGACCCUGAGUCUACGCUGUCCUCGUUGACACCUUUCAACCUUCCUCCAUAUGCGUCUCCCUUCGGUUUCAUUCCUGCCUAUGCAGAGGUCUCCUUCUCCACAUGCAGUGCCAUAUAUGUUCGCCACCCAACGGCACACCCAGGAUACAGUGAAAUUCCAACACCUUCGACGCCGAUGGUGAAGUCAUUCAGCUUGCAUGGGAAUGGUACGCAAAGAUGCGUCCAAGGACAAGGAGUAAGAAACAAAUGGUGA